AUGAGGAAGGACGAGUUUCGAUUUGACCACAUCGAACUUCGAUUAGAAAACAGACACACUGGCAACAGCACUGUUUACAUACAAUGGAUGACCUUCAAGAUGCAUUUUCUGAUGAUGAUCCACUAUAUUUCUUUUCGCAAUCAUAUGAUGAUGUGACCAGCAGCUGUCUUCAGCCAGACCUACCUGUUGGAACAAUUGUAGAGGAGUUAACACCUGAGGAGAGAUCCCAUCUGGCUGAGUUACACACGGUUAUCAAGACUAACCAGGAGAGUGUGAUCCUCACAGAGAUCUCAAAAGCUGUGUAUAGACCAUUGCUGAACAAACAUAUUGUUGUAGAGGCUGCAGCUUUAUGUUCCUGUUGGCGGUUGUUUGAAGAGGUGCUCGUAGCCAAAAGUGAAGACAACCAUAUUCUUGCGGAACUAGUGCGCUCAGGAAAAUGCCCACAUUUCUCUGCUGACAACUCAGAAAAAAGGCGCAUCUCGAAGUGUCUACUCCAUAUGGCUGCAGCCUUAAACAUGGCACAUUUGACGGAGUUCCUAAUAGAGGCAGGAUGUUGUAUAAACACCUCAACCUUAAAAGCCAACUGUACUCCAGUGUACCUGGCAGUACGGCACAGCCAUUACGACAUGGUCAAACUGUUAUUAAAGCAUGGAGCCAAUGUUAACUUGCUCUCCUGUCAACACACCCCCCUAAUGGAGGCCGUGGAAGUCGGUGACGAAAUGAUGUACAAAAUCCUGCUGAGCAGCCCUCAUUGUGAUGUGAAUGUAUGUAAUAAUCGCCGAGAAACUGCCCUGAAACUGGCAGCCGGCGUCAACGAAACAACAGCUGUCGCACGUCUGCUGGAAGCUGGGGCCUACCCCAAUCAAAUGGACCUUCACGGCAGAACAGCGCUGUUUGAUGCACUGACAAACGGACAAACAGACAUGAUGAUGUCUCUGAUCAAGUAUGGAGCCGAUGUUAAUGUGAUGGAUAGGAAUCAUCAAUGCCCCUUGCUAUUUGCAGUUCAUCAAAAUGAUGUGGCCAUUACAAGGUUAUUGCUGGAGGCUGGAGCUAACCCAAAUGCUGAAUCUCGGGACGGUUUCACACUCCUCCAGAUUGCCAUUUAUACAGACUGUGCAGAAAUCAUUCAGAUGUUGAUAGAUUACAAGGUUGAUGUAAAUGCUACCAACAACUGCAAUUACUCAGCUCUGCAUAUUGCAGCCUGGGAUGGCUACAUUGAGAGUGUGGAACUUCUUUUGAAGGCUGGAGCUGAGCAUGACAACAGAACACAAGAUGGAAACACGCCCAUGGCACUGGCUGCCCACAGUAACCAUCACAACGUGUUGGAAAGGCUACUUCCUCUUGGCUGUGCCGUCAAUAACAUGGACAAGGAUUUAGACACACCCCUUCAUUAUGCUUCGUACAACGGCUGUUUGCGCAGCGUGAAAAGAUUGGUCAGUGAAGGUGCCGACCCUAAUGUUCGUAACCGUUUCGACACCACACCAUUGUGGAAUGCCAUAUUCAAAAACCAUGUCCCCGUGGUGCGCUACCUUGUGCACUUAAAUGUCGACCUGGAAGUUGCGUCGUGCGGAAUUGACCAACAUUCCAACCAACAUGACGUCACCUUAAUCUACAAUGAGCCACAUUCGCCAUUAUGGGUAGCCCUUGACAACGGCUAUGCAGAAGAGAUCUGGAUUUUGCUGGCUGCAGGCUAUAACAUCUGGCAGGAAAAAUGGCUGUCAGACAGUCUUCUCCCACAACCUGACACCACCACCAAGACUUUGUUAGAGGCGCUCAGGUGUAAACAUAGCACCCCACCAGACCUGCUCCACCUCUGUAAGACAUUCUUCAGGAGGACAUACAAGAGACACAUCCAUGAAGUCGUGAACGAGCUGGAGAUACCAGAAAGUUUAAAGCAUCAUAUUUUACUGAAGGACAUUGUGCUGAUGAGCAGUUAUGUCCAUAUAGCUGCGCUUUAACUCGCUUGCGAAAAAACUGGUUUGAAAUGUGCAAAUGAAAGCAAAGGUGCUCUUAACCAAGUGGAAAUAUUAAAAAAUUGACACUUUUCUGACUGGCCUAUGCAGCACUUUGUAUUUAUUGAUAAUAACAGCCACACUAAUAUUCAGCAACUAAAACUGAAGUACCAUAUUUCCUCAACCUUUUCACAUAUGGAAGAGCAACUUUCAGUGCAAUUUAUGCGCAUUUUUUUGGAUUUGAGGAUAAAACUGCACUGGUUGGAUUGGCCAAUUUCAGGGCUACAGAAUAUCCUUGAAUAUACACCUUGCAAACAUACGAAAAGUAUCUUAGCUCUGAGUGAGGUGCAAAACUACAUAGAAUUUAAUCAGAAGUGUAUAAAAUGUCUUAUUAACAUUGAUUUUGGUUUUCUGUGAUAGAUGUAUCUGAUCUGUAAUUUUUUUUAACCAAAUUGGUUGAUUGUCAUCCUUGGCAAAAAUGAUCAUUUUUUUUUGAUAUUUGAAUGCCUUUUGAAUUCAAAGAUGAUAUGAUUUGAUAAGUACUUGCGACAAAUUUUCCAUUUUGUUCAUUCUGUAACUUUGUACUUGUUGGACUAAAGUAUGUAGAUCAUGUGAAAUACAUAAGCAGAUGGGGAUGUCAGCACACAUAGCUUCCAUGACCUUGAGUGUAAAUACAUGUACAUUAUAUUAACUGUAAAUGAACUACAGUAUUUACCAGCAGGCUGCAAUCAAGACUAAAAAAUACAUUUGAGAUUACGAUCUUGAGUCUAAUUUAUUAUGAUUAGUAUGUCCAGGGAUGGUAAUUACACGUGGAUUAAAAUAUAAUUAGUGAAGUACAAAACGAGUAGCUGAUUUCUUGUUACUGACUUGUGGCCGAUCUUGUAAUGAAUAAUGACAGAGUAGACAUGACAAAUGUCUUACUGGCGUCAAAUUUGAAUGCUAAAGUGCUACAUUUUGGCAGGAAUAUAAUGACAGACUCCUUACAUGUUCAGAUUACUAAGCUUAAGCUUGUUGAAGUAUGAUUUUUAUCUGAAGUCUUUAUCAAAUGACUGUAUUAAAUAACAGAAUGCAUGUACUUUUGUUAAUUCUUGUGAUUUUGGGACAUCAUUUUAGCCAGUGUACUUGUAAUUGUAACAUGAAAACAU